AUAUAACCUCACCAACUAUUCCUACAAACACUACCAUUCCUCUUCUUUCCUUAAUUCCUUCCUUCUUUCAAUUUUUUCCUUCAUAGUCAUGGGCUAUGCGACUCUCACAAAAUUAACCAAACCCUAGUGUUUUUUUUAACCUAAUUAUUACAUCCCUAAAUAUACUAUAAACUUUUUUUAAAAAAAAAAUUAAAAAAGUAAUAAUUAGUAACCCUAGAGAUGAGUCUAAACUCUAGUGGCAGCGGCAGUAACGGUGGUGGUAGUGGGAGUGGCGGCAAUAGCGGUAGCCCUUGUGGGGCAUGCAAGUUUUUAAGGAGGAAAUGUGUGUCAGGGUGUAUUUUUGCUCCGUACUUUGAUUCGGAGCAUGGCACAACCCAUUUCGCGGCUGUGCAUAAAGUUUUUGGGGCUAGUAAUGUAUCCAAACUCCUUCUUGGCAUUCCAAUUAAUAGGAGGCUUGAUGCUGCAGUCUCUCUUUGUUAUGAAGCUCAAGCAAGAUUGAGAGAUCCUAUCUAUGGAUGUGUUGGUCACAUCUUUGCUCUCCAGCAACAGGUGCUGAGUCUACAAGCUGAACUCUCCUACAUGCAAAGCCACAUUAAUUCAUCAGAGUUAACCCAACCACCUCUACCACCACCACAGGCGGCCGUAGCACCAGCCGUCUUCUCCUUUGCCGAUCUUCCACCACCCACCGCCACAACUAUGCCGGUGACCUAUGACAUGUCUACACUUUUUGAUCCUAUGGGCCAACCUUCAUUGGCUAUGCAACACCAGAGGCCCAAUAUUGACCCACGUCAAUAUUUACCUGCUCGUGGCCCAACAUCAACCACUAGUUCUCACAGACAAAUUGGGUCUUCAUCUGCACCAUCUUCCAAUGCUUCAUCUUCUCCUUCAUUUUCCAAAUUUUCUAAAUGAACAGUCAUGUCUUGAAUUUAAUUCAUUAAUCUCUAUUUUUGCCUAUCAAAAAAUAUUAUCUUUUCUUCUUUGUUUUAUCCUUUGGAUGGACAUGGGACAUAUAUUAGCAAGGGAUUUUAAAUUUCCAAACAUCUUUCAGUAUGGACCAAUUAAUUGCUAUGUAUUAAUAUGCGGCAAAAAGCAU